GAUUCUGCAACUGACUUGUCAUCUGGCCUCCAGUGCUUGGGGCUUGAGCUAGCAGCUUGCGUGCCGAUCUUGGGAUUCAUCAGCCUCUGAAGCCUGUGAGUCAGAAGCCUGCCUUCUGACCCACUGAUCUUGGGUUCAUCAGCUCUGCAGCUACGUGAGAUGAGAAGCCUCCAGCCUGAUCCACGGACUUGGGACAUUCCAACCUCUACAACUGUUUGAGGAUUAGAGGUAGACUCAUUAACAAUCUGUAAUAUGCAGAUUACACAACCUUGCUUGCUGAAAGUGAAGAGGACUUGAAGCACUUACUGAUGAAGAUCAAAGAUCAUAGCCUUCAGUAUGGAUUACAUCUUAACAUAAAGAAAGCAAAAAUCCUCACAAUUGGACUGAUAAGCAACAUCAUGAUAAAUGGAGAAAAGAUUGACGUUGUCAAGGAUUUCAUUUUCCUUGGAUCAACAAUCAAUGCCCACGGAAGCAUCAGCCAAGAAAUCAAAAGACAUGUUGCAUUGGGCAAGUCUGUUGCAAAAGACCUCUUUAAAGGGCUCAAAAGCUAAAAUGUCACCUUGAAAACUAAGGUGUGUCUGACCUAAGCCAUGGUAUUUUCAAUUGCCUUUUAUGCAUGCGAAAGCUGGACAAUGAAUAAGGAAGACCUUUGAAAAAUUGAUGCCUUUGAAUUGUGGUGUUGGCAAAGAAUAUUGAAUAUAAAUAACAUGGACUGCCAAAAGAGCAAACAAACCUGUCUUGGAAGAAGUACAACUGGAAUGCUCCUUAAGAGCAUAGAGAUGGCAACACUUCAUCUCACGUACUUUGGACAUGUUACCAGGAGGGACCAGUCCCUGGAGGACAUCAUACUUGGUAAAGUAGAGGGUCAACAGAAAAGAGAAAGAGCCUCAAUGAUGUGGAUUGACACAGUGGCUGUGACAAUGGGCUCAAGCAUAGCAAGGAUUGUGAGGAUGAUUCAGGAUUGGACAAUGUUUCGUUCUGUUGUACAUAAGGUCACUGUGAGUUGGAACCAACUUGACAGCACUCAACAACAACAGGAUGGAUGGGAUCAAAUUGAGAACAGCAACUGGAAAGGUUAGGUAGGAAGCUUAGGGGGCAGUGAGUUUAUGUUAACGGGGAGGAACAAUUGGGUUAGGAGUGUGAGAAUGAUUGCACAAGUUGGAGAACAUAAUCAAUGUCACUGAAUUGUACUUGUAGAAAUCAUUGAAUUGGGGCAUGUUCUGCUGUCUAUAUUCUCAACAACAACAAAAAUAAAAUAAAAAAAUAAAACUGUACUAAACUUCACAAGAAUAGUACAAGGCAAGGUUAUUGUCACAGUGAGGAAAUUUCAGCUGAGGUAACUGAAGAUCUGAUUAGGUGAAGGUCUUAUGGGGCCAAGGUCCCAGUGCUGGAUUGGGGUUGGAACCAGUGCCUUCUGGCACCAAAAUUUACUGCUGAAUGGUCUUUUCCUGUGCACUGUCAGCGCUUCAUCCCUUCCCCCACUUUUCCGGGAGUGGGUGUGUUGGUCUGUGAGUCGGAAUCGACUCACAACAGAUUUGAGUUUCUUUUGCGGGGGCGGAGGGGGUUCUCACCCACUUCGUCUUUCUUCCUGAGUUGGGGAGGAAAGCAUUUGAAGAAGGAUUGCAGAGGGGAAUUGUGGGUAAUAAAAACUCCUGCCCAGCAAAGAGGUAACGAGAGAGGAGCAGGGAAGAGCAAAGAAUGGAGGAGAUGGAUGACCACAAUGACCCAGACAGCCACGGUUGCAGCAGACCUUGAAGUUGAGCUAUGUUGCAUUUGGCCCCAUUCAGAGGAGAAGGUGACAUUCUGGGGCCAGAGAUUCAUGAAGAAAGACCCUAGAUUCCUACGAUCCCACGACCCAGGGUGUCUGACCCAAGUUCCUUUGCCUCUCCUGCUUCUCGUCUCUCUGGGCCUCGUCUUUGUGUUCCUGGUGACCACCCUCGUCCAAGUCUUCAGAAUCCACCAAGCCCUGCAGAGCGAGACGUGGGACCAUCAGGGGAACCAAAGAUCAGUUGCCAGUCCUCAGAAGCAGAUACAAUUGGAGCUGGAAGAGAUCCACCAGCAGCUGGCCUGGAUGAACGCUUCCCUGGCUGGCCUGUGCAACCCCUGUUCCCGGAAUUGGGAGUCCUUCCAGAAUAGCUGCUACUUCCUCUCCCGGACCCGGGGAACAUGGGACACUUCUGUCACUGCCUGCCAGGACCAGGGAGCCCAGCUGGUGAUCAUCAACAGUGUUGAGGAGCAGAGAUUCCUGCAGUUCUGGAUUGUUGGGAAAGAUACCCGUACCUGGAUUGGCCUCAGCGACCACCACAAUGAGGGUGCCUGGCACUGGGUGGACAACACCAAACUCCAGCUAAGCUUCUGGACUGAAGGUGAACCCAACAAUGUUGGGGAUGAGGACUGUGCGGAGAUGAUUGCUGCUGGUUGGAAUGACAACAAGUGUACUGCAGAAAACUUCUGGGUCUGCGAGAAACCCUCAACUCCCUGCCCUGGUGUCUGAGGGACACUGCUCCCCCUGUCCACAGAGUCCACUCAGCUUGGGAGCCACCUUGGUAGUUGCCACCUAGCCCCAACCCCCUCCUGUUUUUCCCUUUGGUCAAUUCCCAUCCUCCUCCUGACUUGAGGUUUUGGAAAUCCUGAGAGAGACUCUGAGAUCCCCUCCUACUCUGAGACCUGUCUCCCCAUUGUUCUAUUGGUGGAAGACCCCUCUCUUCAAUGGAAGACCAUUGAUGGUCUCAGCUCCCCUGAAGCCCCCUGUGACAUCCCCUUAAUAAAGACACACACUGUAUUAUGAGUCCCAUUCAA